AUGUUGCCACGUAAAAAGGCACGCCCCAAUCCGGCCAUAUCAGCCGCGAACAACGACUCUCAGACCCUGGUCAGCAACUCAACAACAGAGGCCCCUACGUCACAAUCACAGGCAUCAAAGGCAUCACCUGCAGUAGAGGCGGAUCAUAACAACAAUGCAAAAGCGCCAUCAACACAGCAGAUCAUGGAUGAUCCAGGCUCCACAGCGCAGCACAAGAGCAAAGACGUCCGUUUACCUACUGUGAUACCUUUUCUUGUUCAUUCCACCAUAUCUAACAAUACUUCUAGGUUCGGAAAACGAAGAGCUGGGUCCGUCAAGUUAAAUAAAACAUCAGAUCUAAGUCGAUACGAAGCGAGGAAAGGCGAUGAUAACGCUAGUAUUCGAAGUACGGCCGGUACGAUUAAGACGAUGCCAAAGGUUUCCGAGACGAAGUCCGAUGUGACUAUGACAGAAGAAAGCGCGCAAGCCGAAUCGCAGACUCAGAAAAAGUCUGGUCCCGAGCCAUCCCGGGAGUCCUCCAAGGUCAUGGAGACUCGAGAGUCAUUAAAAGAUGCAGUUAUUGCAGAAGCGACGCCACCCAAGGCACCCGAGUCGAAGACCGAUGAUAAUCAAGGUCAACCUGAUACUUGUACUGAAGCACCCGUGUCACAAACGGACCCUCAACGUCCAGCAGCAUCGUCAGGGUGGCUUGGAUGGUGGUCGAAAACACCUUUUACAGAGACGCAGGCUGCUCCAGCGCCUGAUGUAAAUGGUACAGCAACAGCUGAAGCCGAGGCCACCAAGGAAGUGGACGAACCGAGGCCUGUUACUCCACCCGCUCAAACGACAUCUACAGAUCAAGUCGCAUCACCUAAAAGCAUAAAGGCUCCACAGCCAACCUCUUGGUUCAGUUAUUGGUAUCCAGCGGCUGAGUCUGUCAAGGCUUCAGAGGAUAAGCAGGACACUCAACCACAACCAAGUACAGAUGCACCCUCUGAGGAUGUCACGAUGACGGAAACACCGCCUCCACAUGGGCAUGAGCCACCGCCCAAGGCUGGUUCAACUUGGGUGUUUUGGUCUAAGGAAUCACCCAAGUCAAAGGAUAGUACACCUAUGCCGGAGUCAGGAGAAGUGGCAAUCAUGGGUGAGGGGUCAGAGGCUCAUCCUCGACCUAUGGCAGAAUGCGACGUAUCGCCAACCAAGGACCGCGUAAAGGCUGAUGUGAAACCGAAAGAAGCUCAGGCGACGGUGAAGUCAGGGUGGAUGAAGAAAAACAAGCGCGGUAGACCACAGUCGAUGGAUCUGGACCCUCCAUCACCGUCUGUAUCUGGCACUUCCACCCCUACCAGUACAACACCCGCAACACAAGAUAUCGACAAAGCGGCAGUCAAGGCUGCUUCCUCUAGCCCGUCCAUUGCCGAAUCAGAACCAUCAUCGAAAACUUCUACGAAUCUUCUUCUACCAUCUUUCUCCAGUACUUACCACAUGAAGGAGAACCCAUCCAUCUUGAAGCAACUGACACAGUUCCUUCUUCGCACACAACAAGCUCCCCCGAACCAUGUUUUCCGAGUGGACAACCCCCCCAAGAUUCGAAAGGCCAUUGCAAUCGGCGUCCAUGGCCUGUUUCCUGCGACUUACCUACGUCCCAUGAUCGGCCAGCCAACAGGCACAUCUCUUCGUUUCGCAGCUCUUGGUGCUGAGGCGAUCCGGAGAUGGACCGAGUCUCAUGGAUGCGAUGACUGCGAGAUCGAAAAGGUCGCCUUGGAAGGAGAAGGGAAAAUCAGAGACCGGGUCGAUAAUUUGUGGAAUCUUAUGCUCAACUGGAUUGACCACAUUCGGAGCGCUGACUUCAUUUUGAUUGCUUGUCACUCACAGGGCGUUCCUGUGAGUAUCAUGUUACUCGAGAAGCUUAUUGACCUUGGCAUUAUCACCAACGCAAAAGUUGGUGUCUGUGCCAUGGCUGGGGUGGCUUUGGGACCAUUCCCAGACUACAAGUCUGGCCUGUUGAUGGGCUCGGCAGCUGAGUUAUGGGAAUUUGGAAACCCAGAGAGUGACAAUUCAAAGCGUUUCGAGAAAGCUCUCAAGCGGGUAGUAGACUACGGAACUCGUAUCACAUUCAUUGGUAGCAUCGAUGACCAAGUCUCUGCUAUUUAUUCACCAGCAAACCACCCUUACAUUUACCGGGCUGUCUUCAUUGAUGGGCGUGUCCAUGCCCCUGACUUCAUUGCCCACUUGGUGGGUUUUGCUCUUAAGCUUCGCAAUCUCGGCGUUUCUGAUCAUGGCUUGAUCCGCGAGCUUUCCGUGCCUCUAGCCGGAUCUCUUUACUCCGGCGCUGGUCAUUCUCGCCUUUAUUACGAUGAUGCAGUGUACGAUCUUGCUAUCGCUCACGCACUUGAGACAGCACCUGCUGGCCCAUCACCACCACCCUGCACAAUCUCACCUCGCGGCGGACCUCUGACGUCUCAAAACCCGUACGUCUUACCAUGGAUCAUGCGUGGACUACUAGAAGAAAACUUCGUGCGAACCGAGUUGAGCAACGAGGCAGAUGAGUUGCUCAGGCAAUUUGACGACUGGAAGCCUACCAACAAAGCUCUAAAGGAUGUCAAGUAUCGCCUUGAGGCAGUCCGGUCUAAACUUUGA